AGCAGGUGGCCAGUUUAAAAUCUCAGCGCACCUUCGUUGACUUUCCAGUCGAGCGCGCUGCCCCGGAGUAUCCGCCAGCCUCUCUCGGCCUCCAAAGCCCACGAUGCCGGCUUCGUCCCAGGGCAAGUGGGGCUCUACCGCCGCGCGUUUCCUCCUGGCGGUUCUUGCCAUCCAUAACUUCCAUUACACUCUGGGCAAUGACAUCAUUGUACAUAAGAAUCAACCCAAGAGAACCAAGCAGGAUUGGGAUCCUUCCAGUAGUUUGCGUCCAUUGCGUCGUACAAAACGGAGAUGGGUGAUUACUACUAUUGAACUUGAAGAAGAAAGCAGAGGACCCUUCCCCAAAAUGAUUGGCGAGCUCUUCAAUAAAGCAUCCCAAAAUACAUCCAUAAAAUAUUCAAUUAGUGGACCUGGUGUGGAUGAAUUUCCGGAAUAUGGAUUGUUUUCUAUCGAGGAUGAUGCCAGAGGCCUUGUAUAUGUGCAUCAUUCCAUAGAUCGAGAGAGGACGCCCUCUUUUCCAAUACGUUUUGAUGUUCAUGAUAGAAAGACUGGAGCAAUACUAGACAGUUCCUUGUUCUUCAACAUUCAGAUUAAGGAUAUAAAUGACAAUGCUCCUGAAUUUCUCCAAAAGGAAUUUAACAUUAAUAUAAAAGAAAAUCACAGCAAAAAGGAACCUGUUUUCAAAGUCAUAGCAGUGGAUAAGGACCAAGAAGGCACUGCAAAUUCUGAAGUGGUAUUUUGCCUGGUCUCACAAACCCCUGAACUAAAGCCUCUUCUUUUCACCAUUGAUUCCACUAGUGGCUUAAUAUACAUUACACAAUGCUUGGAUUAUGAGACCAAUAGGAAUUUCAGACUUGUGAUUAGGGCUUCAGACCGUGGUUCUCCAUCCUUAUCGUCAACUGCAACAAUCAAUAUUUCCAUGGAAGAUUCUAACAACAAUUUGCCUGUAUUCACUCCAGAAAAUUAUUAUGCAGAUGUCCCAGAAGGUAAAACCAAAGAUAAUAUCCUUCGCCUCAAGGUGGAAGACAAAGAUAGUCCUAAUACACCUGCUUGGAGAGCUGAGUAUACCAUAAAGAAAGGAAAUGAAAGAGGAAACUUUGCCAUUGUGACAGAUCCUAAAACUAAUGAAGGUGUUUUGAGUGUUAUCAAGCCUUUGGUCUACAGUACACCUUCUGAGAGAAGACUUCUCAUUGUUGUGAAGAAUGAAGAGUCCUUCUUUAUAUGCCAGAGAGGCUUUGUGAACACGAAUGCUUCUCCACAAUUGCCUGAAGUGUCAGUGAGCAUUAAUAUCACUGAUGAAAACAAUGCCCCUCAGUUCAGUCCUCCAAUUCUUAAACUUUCUCAAGAAGAAGGGGUGAUGCCAGGAACCAAACUUGUACAAUAUGAAGCUCAGGAUCCAGACACAGGACAGCAGAAAAUAAAAUAUAAAGUAGUGUCAGAUCCAGCUGGUUGGGUGACGAUCGAUGAAAAUUCUGGAAUUGUGACAGCUGCAAAAACUCUUGACAGAGAAUCCCCAUUUGUGAACAACAACACGUACACCAUUGUGAUUCAUGCCACUGAUGAUGGUGUUCCACCAUUAACUGGCACAGGUACCAUUCAACUUUACCUUUCUGACCUGAAUGACAAUGCUCCAAUGCUAGUUACAACAUCCUUGACCAUCUGUGAGGGAAAUGAAAUGGGUCCUUUUCAUAUAGAAGCUGAGGACAAAGACUCCUAUCCAUACGCAGAACCUUUUACGUUCCAAUUGGAAGAUGCCUUAGAGGGUACCGAAAAACUCUGGAGGCUGGGAGAGAGCACUGAUAAUGCUGUCGAGCUUUUUAUCCUGCAAAGACUCCCUCCUGGUGAAUACUUUGUGCCAUUCCUUAUACGAGAUUUGCAAGGGUUUUCCAGGCAAGAGACCCUGGAUCUCCAGGUCUGCUCCUGUCCUGAUGGGGUCACUUGCGAGCAACGUUAUUCAUUGAAAGCUGUAUCACUAAGUCUCAGCGGAGGAGCAGUGGGCAUAAUUAUGGUUGCAUUUCUAUUACUGUCAUUGGGCCUGGCGCUCCUAUUGUGUUCCUGCAUCUCUGAAGAGAAGGGAGCACCUACAUUCAUUCCAUACGGAGCAGGCAACCAAUCCCUGAUCCACUACAAUGAGGAGAGUGAACAUGUUUUGAAUGUACCUGACUCAGGGAACCAAGGAACAGCAUCCUCAGUAUAUGCAAAAAUUGCGAAGGAGAAACCACAAGCUCUUGAGGUAACUGGAAUGGAGCAUCACCCUUUCUGCAGGUGA